AUGUCAAAUUUUUUUCCAAUACAGCAACCAAAAACUUUAGCCAAAAAGAUUGCAGCAAACCUAACGAUAAAUGAAGCAUUGGCUAGCAUUGAGCAAAUGGGCAAGAAUGAAAUCAGGGAUAGAUUUGCCAGAGCGAUCAAAGAAUCAUUUCAGUAUGUGAGGAAUGAUAUUCGUGAUGAAUGGCACACUGAAAUUACAUCGGAGAAGUACGUUACAGAGGAUUUGCUCUUUGAAGAACGCUACAGCUCCGUUGUUACAGCAAGAUUCUAUCCAGCUUUGAACCGUUUCACGUAUGUGGAACCUCGGCCAUGUGUUAUCAAAACGAAACAUAUUGGUGCUAUUUUAGAUGAUAUAUUACGUGAUCCGUGUGAUAUUGAAGAGAAUUCUCAACAAAGGAUUUCAAGGUUCAUACGACGGAUAGUUAUGGAAGUUUAUAUUCUGAAUAGAGUUCGUCAUUCGAAUGUAAUGCAUGCUCAUGCCACAGUGGUCACCGAGCAUUCACUUUGUCUACAACUGGUUCUUCCUCGACUGUAUCAGUUAGAACAGCUAAUUGAUAAAUACCGCCGUGAAAAGGAGGGAAAGCCGAUGAAUAUUCGCAUAAUUGCAAUGAUCAUCCGACAACUUUGCAGAGCAUUAUCCUAUCUUCACGAUGCAAAUAUCAUUCAUAAUGAUAUUCAACCAGAAAACAUUUAUCUGACUCGUGGUGGUACUGUCAAAUUGAGCAACUUUAUUAAUUCACGAAUGGUCGCAAACAAACGAGCGGCUGAAAGGUGUCGCACCCCUGAUGGGACUCCUGAUUACAUGUGUGCUGAGAAGCAGUAUAACUUGAAACGUGUGACAACUGUAGCAGAUUAUAUGAACUAUUCGACUUCAGCGGAUAUCUGGUCAUUGGGUGUGCUGAUACUUCAUAUGGUCAGCUAUUAUCCCAAUGAGAAGUGGCACCGUUUACCUCGAACAUUCGCCCUCCAAAUGGGGGAAAGAAGAAUGCCAUUUCGAUGGAUGAUUAACGAUAUGAUGCAACUUUGUGUACGAAUGGCACAAAGCGGUGAUAGACAUUUGAAGCAAUAUCUAAAUGAUACAAUGCUCAAUUUGGAUCCAUCGGCACGCUCAACAGCUAAACAAAUUUUGGAAUCACAUUUGAUCAAAAAAUGGUGCAAUAAAAGCCUUGAGCAGGACAAAAAUUAUCUAGUGAAGCGUUUCAUUUACGAGUUAGAUUGGCAAAAUCGUUCCAAACUGGAUGCUGAUGGCUACAAUUACAACGCAUGCGAAGCAAAAGAUAUUCCGGUUGAUUUUUACUGGGAUGAUACAUGGCAAAAACUUGAGAAGCAAUCAUUUGUUUAUCGGCUAUAUGUUUAUGAUCGCGAUAACUUGCGAAUAGGAAACGAAAUCGAGCGAUGUUUCACACAUGCUGAUAAUUCGUUAUUUCAAACACUAAUGCUUGCUGUUGAUGCUGACCACCUUGAAUUGUUGGACGUAAUACCGGUUGAUCAAAAUAUUCGAAAUCUAUGUUUCUCGCUCAUGAGAACUGCCAAGUAUCACCAAUAUAACCUUGCCAAAUGUGAAGGUGAAGAGGUGCUAUUUGAUCUGCCACCAUCUUUCCAUUGCAAUGUGCGUUCGGCAAAAAUCGUUGUUUAUUUUAAGAAUUAA